AUGGAGAUGUUCAGAGAAGGAGGGUCCACAUCACGACCCCCAAUGCUGGAAGGUGCUAAUUAUCCAUACUGGAAAACCAAAAUGCGAGCAUUCUUGAGGGCGGUGAAUGAAAGAGUUUGGAUGGCCAUAGAAGAUGGUUGGACAUGCCCAACGAUGAUGGAUAACGGUGUCACCAAACCAAAACCUACGAGCUUGUGGACUCCAGAUGAGAUGGAGAGGGCCAAUUUUAAUUCGAAGGCCAUGCAUGCUUUGUUCAAUGCAGUGUCCAAAAAUCAAUUGAAGGUCAUUGCAAACUGUGAGAUGGCCAAAGAGGCUUGGGAAAAACUACGAAUUAAAAAUGAAGGAACGGAUGCUGUAAAGAAAUCCCGUCUUCGUGCUUUGGCAAAAGCGUUUGAAGAUUUAUCAAUGGAGGAAGAAGAAACGGUGGCUGAGUUCCAUGCUAAAUUGUGUGACAUAUCAAAUGAAUCUUAUGCUUUGAGAAAGGCUUAUUCUAAUGCAAAGCUGGUUCGUAAAGUCCUUGGAGUUCUACCUAGGAGAUUUAUGUCUAAAGUAACCUCCAUUGAAGGAAUGAGAAACGUGGAGGAACUGGAUCUUGAUGAACUGAUUGGAUCCCUGCAGAAUUAUGAAAUGUCAUUAACAAGGUGGAAGAAAGAAAAAAAGAAGAUGGAUGUGAACAAAGAAAAAGGGGACAACAAAAUUGCGUUCAUUCACAAAGAAGAAAAUAAGUCUAUCCCAGAUUUGUCUGCUGGUUUCUCAGAUGAAGCUGUAGAUUUGCUGACAAAGAACUAUGCAAAAUUCUUGAAAAAGAAGUACAAGAAACUGUGUUCUGAAGGUAAGAAAAAUGCUUCCAAAAGAAAUCCUCUUCGGAACUUCUGGCAUGGUCAGGAACCCAGUGACAAUAAGAGCAUGGGCAUUCAGUGUAGAGAAUUUGAUGGGUUCGGACACAUUCAGGCCGAGUGUGCUAACACUCUCAAAAAGAAGAAAGCCCUUGUUGCCACCUGGAGCGAUAGUGACGAAGAAAAAGACUCUAUUGCAAGCAAAAGUUCUAAUGAGGAUAAACAGGUAGUGGCUUUCAUGGCUCAAAGUCAUCAGUCUAUUGAAUCUGAGGAUGAUGGAGUCUCCACUGUGUCUGAAGUCGACAGUAAUGGAAGACAAAAUGCAUAUGAAGAGAUGUUUGCUCAAUGGGAAUAUAUGACCAAGCAGAUUAGAGGUCUGAAUAGUGCCAAGGAGCAGAUAGAGUCUGAAAAAGUCAAGCUGGAGGACACUGUUAAGAAUCUCAACAAACUUCUUGAUGAGAAGGACAAUGAGAUCUACAAGCUUUCAGCUGAACUCAUAAGAGCUAAACAGGCUUUAGAGUUUAUCCCUCCAUAA